UAAGCGUUCGGCAGCCGCCGUAUACUCGAGAACAUUGGCAGUGGGCGACUUGAGAACAGAGAGCUAGGGCGAUGGCGGCGAGGGCGGGAUUUCGGCGGUUCUUCUCCAUCUCUGCCUUCUCUCCUCCGACUCCUGCUGCUGCUCCACCGGCCGCAGAGCCCUCCACUAACCUAUUCGUCUCAGGUCUUAACAAGCGAACUACAUCUGAAGCACUUAGCGAGGCCUUCUCCAAAUUUGGACAAGUAAUCAAUGCUAGAGUUGUGACGGAUCGUAUCUCAGGAUAUUCUAAAGGGUUCGGCUUUGUUAGAUAUGCCACACUCGAGGAAGCUGGAGAAGGAAUCAAAGGCAUGGACGGCAAGUUUUUGGACGGUUGGGUUAUUUUUGCUGAAUACGCAAGACCGAGACCACCUCCACCUCAAAUGCAACAGCAACCUCCUUCAGUUAUGGAAUCUACUGUAAACUAUCAGUAGAACAUGUCAUAAAAUUUAUGGGAACCUUUUACCUACAGUGUCAUUGUGUUCUUCUCUAUUAUGUUAUCUGGCCUACAUGGAGAGCCACGUUUAAUUUUGGAAGUUUUUGUAGUGAGCUAUGACUGCAUACUGGAUGGCUAUGAAUUUGCGUGGUUUCAUUAGCACA